AUGGUUCUUAUUAACUUCGCUACGAUUUUCAGUGUCUUACUGCACGCAUCCCUAGUGAUCAGCUUGCCCCAACCCCAGGAUUUUAGUCAAACCAUAACUCUGGAAACAGAGAAUGUAGGAGUAAUCGAUCUUCAACGGAGAUUUAAAAGAGUACUAGACGCGGCAAACAGAGAUGACCCGCUUACAGUGUACUCGUUGGUAUCUGGCCUCCAGCAAUAUGGCAUACAAAUGACUGCCGCUGAUGGCUCGACAGUUACGGUGACCGGGGGAUCUGAUUACUUGAACCUCAUGGAUGAAUUUGUUACCCAAGUCGUUUUCCAUACCUACGAUACGGAUUGGGUGGUACAUCAUGCCACACAAGCCAUGGAGCUGAUUCAGAGAACUGGGUACACGUAUUCCAUAGAUACGACAGUGAAAAGAACUACAUAUGAGUCGAGUCAAGUAGUCCAGGUUGCGAAAUAG